GACACCAAGAACGACAACCCGGCAGAACGCCAGACCAACCCGAGCCAGGCCCUUGGAAGCCAGAACCCCGCAGAAAGCCAGACCCCGAGCCAGGCCCUUGGAAGCCACAACCUGGCAGAAAGCCAGACCGACCCAAGCCAGACCCUUGCAGGCCAGGGCCAGAACCCCGCAAAAAGCCAGGACCAGAACUUCGCAGAAAGCCAGACCGACGGCCAGAACCCCGCAAAAAGCCAGACCGACCCGAGCCAGAGCCUUGGAAGCCAGGGCCAGAACCCCGCAGAAAGCCAGACCGACCCGAGCCAGAACCCCGCAGAAAGCCGGACCGACCUGAGCCAGACCCCUGCAAGCACGCAAACCCAAACAAGGCAGCUCCCUGAAAGGCCCUCGCAGUCUACAGCCCCAGCAGCUAGUCAGGCUCCCCCAGCGAAGACAGCAGCCCAGCCCAAGAAGCUCCUUCCCAGCAGCAAAGCCAAGCCAGCCUCGGGGGACAAGGACGAUGAGUAUGACCCUGGAGAGGAAGAUGUGCCCCCUCCCGAACAAGUGAGCAAAGCCACCUUGAUGAAAAGGCUGGCACGCUUGUGCACACCACGGGAGGAUGGAACCUUCAAGAUACCCCAAGAAGUCAUCGACACUUACAAGAAUAUCCGGACACGAGAUGAAGUCUACCGAAGCUUCGAGAAAUGCGGUUGCGUCGUGUUCUCCAAGAGAAUCAACCGGAAGUAUGAAGAGAUCAACGAGAAAUCCGUGGAAACGGAGUUUGAGUUCUUGACAGAGCAAGAGAUGGAAGACAAAGGCUGGAGCGAGAAGUCUGAGUACUGCGACGAUUACAUGUACUGGGUGGCUGUGAGGGUCAAAGGCUCGAACAAGAAGACGAAGAGGAACACGGCGACGGAGAUCUUGGAAGGCGAAGACCAGGAGUCGAUGCAGGACGCCGACGAGGCCAUGGACCAGUUCCCCUUCAACCUCGAUGGCGACGGGGGUGCUGUGCCGACUGGAG